AUGGCGGCGAAAUUGGUGGAUAUGGGAGCCGGAGAGAACGUUCAACGAGCCAAUGAGCCACAGCUGCGCCGAGGCCUUUGGGCAUUCCGCGAGUCUACCGCACGUUCUCAAAGGUAUAAAAGCUGGACCGACCUGAGCUCAGGCUCUUCAGCACCAAGCUUCCAAACGCACUACUACCAAACAAGUUACCAGUUCUUCUCACUUCUUCGCACCAUUAUCAAGAUGUUCGCUCGUCUCUCCUCCGCUCUCGUCGCUUUCACCCUCGCUGCCUCCGCCAUGGCCGCUCCCACCAGCGGCGUCGUUGCCCAGUGCAAUGGAGGUGUCGUCCAAUGCUGCAACGAGAUGCAGAGCAGCACCUCCUUGGAGGCCCCCAUCGCUGGCCUCCUCUCCCUCUUGGGUAUCGACCUCAGCGGCUUGACCGGUCAAGUUGGUCUCACUUGCACCGACGUUACCGUCAUCGGUGUUGGAGGUGGUAGCUCCUGCAACAACCAACAAGUCUGCUGCAACAACAACAAUUUCAAUGGUGUCCUUGCCUUGGGCUGCACCCCCAUCAACGUCUCUAUCUAGAUACCCCGCUCUGCGUGACUGUCACCCUGUGUACACUCUUCGCUCGUUGUUUCAGUCGCAUGUUGUUAUUCGUAGUUUUUUGGACAGUCUAAUGACAUCGGACACUCGUGCUUGUUGUUGAUUCUU